AUGAGGAUUAGGAAGGAGGUGGUCCAAGAAGCAUGUUGGCUAGAGCUGCAGCAGCAGCAAGAAGCAUGUUGGCUAGAGCUGCAGCAGCAGCAAGAAGCAUGUUGGCUAGAGCUACAGCAGCAGCAGCAAGAAGCAUGUUGGCUAGAGCUGCAGCAGCAGCAAGAAGCAUGUUGGCUAGAGCUGCAGCAGCAGCAAGAAGCAUGUUGGCUAGAGCUGCAGCAGCAGCAAGAAGCAUGUUGGCUAGAGCUGCAGCAGCAGCAAGAAGCAUGUUGGCUAGAGCUGCAGCAGCAGCAAGAAGCAUGUUGGCUAGAGCUGCAGCAGCAGCAAGAAGCAUGUUGGCUAGAGCUGCAGCAGCAGCAAGAAGCAUGUUGGCUAGAGCUGCAGCAGCAGCAGGAAGCAUGUUGGCUAGAGCUGCAGCAGCAGCAAGAAGCAUGUUGGCUAGAGCUGCAGCAGCAGCAAGAAGCAUGUUGGCUAGAGCUGCAGCAGCAGCAAGAAGCAUGUUGGCUAGAGCUACAGCAGCAGCAAGAAGCAUGUUGGCUAGAGCUGCAGCAGCAGCAAGAAGCAUGUUGGCUAGAGCUGCAGCAGCAGCAAGAAGCAUGUUGGCUAGAGCUGCAGCAGCAGCAAGAAGCAUGUUGGCUAGAGCUGUAG